AUGGAGAAACCGAGCCCCUCGGACGUGGGGUUCCCCAGGCCAAAUGACCCUGAGGCCCACCACGAGACAAACUCCAUUUCGACCGAUGAAGAAGAGAAGCUUGAACAAACUUUAAUUCGGAAAAUUGAUUUACAUAUUCUUCCCGUUGUGGUGUUACUUUAUUUAUUUAGUUUUUUGGACCGAGUGAAUAUUGGUAAUGCCCGGUUAUAUGGUCUGGAGGAGGACCUAGGUCUAGUCGGUGACCAAUAUCAGGUUGCCGUGUCAAUUCUGUUCGUGACAUACUGUUUCUUCGAAGUACCAUCAAAUCUGGUGAUCAAGAAGCUAAAGCCAUCGCGCUAUAUCGCCACAAUCUCCGUACUAUGGGGCAUCAUAGCAACACUCACAGGCAUUACCCAAAACUAUGCUGGCCUCCUCGCAUGCCGAGUCCUCCUCGGCGUUGUUGAAGCAGGACUCUUCCCCGGCUUCCUAACCUACCUCACUAUCUUCUAUAGUAAGCGCGAAAUUGCUCUAAGAACAGGAUACCUCUUCAGCAGCGCCGCAAUUGCAGGUGCCUUCGGCGGUCUUCUUGCCUACGGUAUCGGAUUUAUGGACGGCAUCUGUGGACUACGCGGAUGGCGCUGGAUCAUGAUUCUCGAAGGAAUCCCAACCGUCUUAAUCGGCAUCGCAGCCUGGUUCUUCCUAGCCGAUGAUCCCGAUACAGCAUAUUAUCUCAAUAAAACAGAACGCGCACUUGUCGGGCGUAUCCGGAGUCGAUACACAGGCCAAACUGAAUCUGCGCAGAAAUUCCACUGGGCGGAUGUUAAAGAAGGUGCUCUGGACUGGAAAAUUUACGCGUUUUGUAUUGGGCAAUUUGGUGUUGAUACCAUGUUAUAUGGGUACAGCACGUUUUUGCCCAGUAUCAUCGAGGGAAUGGGAGAUUGGUCUGUUCCACAAAUUCAGGCUUUGACAGUUCCCUGCUAUGGCGUUGGCGCUAUCGCCUAUCUUUCCGUAGCGUGGCUGAGUGACCGAACCCAGCAACGAGCCUUAUACACCUGUAUUUUCAGCACAAUUUCCGUGGUCGGAUAUGGGAUCUUAAUUUCCGAUAGCUCAUCUGGUGUUCAUUAUUUCGGUGCCUUGCUAAUUGCAUUGGGCUUAUACGUGGCUGUCGGACUUCCACUUGCCUGGCUACCAUCCAAUCUACCUCGAUAUGGCAAGCGAACUUUCGCAACAGGAUUACAGCUCACUUUUGGAAAUGUUAGCGGUGUUAUGUCGCCAUUUCUGUAUAAGACAUCUGAGGCACCGCGGUAUAUUCGAGGAAACGCUGUUACUUUGGCACUUGUGGGCUUUGCUGGUGUGCUUUAUGGGGUUAUGUGGAUAUGCCUUCGCAUAAUUAACAAGCGUCGUCAACAAGGUCGGGAAGAUGAUCGUAUUGCUGCUUUGUCGGAGGAUGAAAUUCAGGAACUGGGCGAUCGGAACCCUCGCUUUCUUUACAGUACUUAG